GAAUAUCAACCGGCCGGCCAUAUAUCAAACUUAAUUAACAUAUUUUAAUUAUACGUUUACAUUGAUUAAUAAUGGCAGACGAUCUUAUCAGAGUACUCAUAACUCAAGCUACUUCCAUCUUGAUACAACAUGUUCAACAUGAGUUCACACAACUUAUUAAUGUCCAACAAGAUUUUGAAACCCUCAUCACCACACUCGAGUCCAUUCGAGCCAUCAUCAUCGAUGCAGAGAUGAAGGAGAUUCAGAAUCCAAGUGUCAAAAUCUGGGUCAAAAACCUUAAACUCGUGUCAUACGAAAUCGAUGACACGUUGACUGACUGGGCUAUAGCUGCUCGUGAAGUCAACGGUAACACGUCAAAGUCUAAUCUACGCACCAGGUUAUGUUUAGCAUUUGUUUUUCCUUGUGUUUCAUCUAACCAAGUUGCCCCCCUUAGAAAAUUAGCUAAAAAAAUUAGACGUAUAAAUCAAACAUUAGUUUCCGUUGACAAUCAAAAGAAUGCUUUCGGGUUUGCUCCUACUGACCCAGUUGAUGAUGAAGGGUUUGGAAACGGAACCACUUGUUGUAUCGUUGAACCGUCAACGGUCAUCGGAAGAGAUGAUGAAAAGGAUCAUCUUUUGAGCAAGUUGUUAACAAACGAGGAGAGUAGUAGUCCCCCAAUUGUGUUUAUUUGGGGGAUGGGUGGCAUUGGGAAGACUACUCUGGCUCAAUUGAUAUUUAACUCUGUUGAUGUACAAACACAUUUUAAGAUCAAAAAGUGGGUCCCUGUGGGGCGAACUUCUGAUGUAACAAGAAUUGCAAAGGCCAUUGUGGAAGGAGUCGGGCCCAAUGGAUUGCCACUUGAGAAUGUUCGUGAUUUUGUAAACCAAAAGAAGUACCUGUUGGUGCUAGAUAAUGUAUGGGAAGAAGAUGUUAACUUUUGGAAGCCGUUAUUUGCUGCCCUUAAUGGAGGUGCACCUGGUAGCAAGAUCUUGAUCACGAGCCGAAAUGAGGGAGUUGGAAAGACGAUCAAUGCUAUCAGAUUGUUUUCACUUCCCUCACAAGAGAACCAAACGGAAACAGCCAUAUUUAUGCACCAUUUGGGAAAGUUAUCUGAUGAAAACACCUGGACCAUAUUUAGAGGGUUUGCAUUCGCAGGAAAGAGUAGCGAGUUCAAAGAAAGUUUAGAGGAUAUAGGGAGGAAGAUAUCAGAUAAGUGCAAGGGUUUGCCUCUGGCUGCAGAGACUGUUGGGAGUUUCAUGGUCUUAAAAGACACAAAAGACGAGUGGGAACAUGUUUUAAAUGAAAACAUUUGGCAGUUGGAGGAGCCAGAAGCACGUGUUUCUAACCCUUUGUUGUUGAGCUACUACGCGUUGCCAUCGCCCAUGAAACGAUGCUUUUGCUAUUGUGCUAACUUUCCUAAAGAUACAAGAAUAGACGCGGUUAACUUGAUUCAAAUCUGGAUGGCCCAAGGCUAUCUCGGCUCAGAUGGAAACAGUGAGGUGGAACUAACAGGCCGUAGGUACUUGAAUAGUUUGGUUAGGCGGUCUCUCUUCCAAGAUCCAGAAAGAAGCAAGGACGAUGGCACUGUUGUAAGUUUUAAAAUGCACGACAUGGUUCAUGAUGUUGCCAGCUAUCUGAUGGAAAACGAGUGUUUGUUGGUAACGGGAUCGCACCAUGAAGCAGAAGAUAGGAGGACGUACCAUCAUCUCACCAUCACACAUGAAGACGAGGGCACAUUUCCUAUUCCUACUAAAAGCCCAGAAGCACUUUACACAUUUUCAAUCCAAUCUUUCCAUGAUUGUCCACAGAUUAUUGUUCAUCAAGACUGUGUUUCGCUUCCACCAAAAAUUUUCAACCACUUCAAGUAUCUAAAAACAUUAGAUAUGAGUCGUAAUAUGCUCUUAACGAUUCCAGAUGAUAUAGAGAAGUUGAAAAACCUGUGCUACCUUAACUUAUCUUAUAACCCAUUGUCCAUAUUGCCCGAAACAGUUUGCAACUUGCUAAAUUUGCAAACUUUAAAGCUUGUUGCAUGUCAUCAUCUAACAGAACUACCUCAUAGCAUAGGCAAGCUCGAGAAACUGAGACAUCUUGAUAUUGAUCAAGCAAACAGGCUAGUAACUCUGCCAAAAGGUGUAGGAAAGUUAACCUCCCUUCGGACACUGAGCCAGUUUCUAAUAGGAACGGAAGAUGCAUCGUGUAGUCUUGGUGAUCUAAAACACUUGAAUCAUCUUCGAGGUCGUCUUGAAAUAGCAGGCUUGAAUCAGGCAAAUGUAAGUGAGGCUAAGGAAGCCGAACUAGAAAAGAAGGAACACCUUGUUGAUCUGCAUAUUAACUGCUCAUUAGCAUCAGGUGUGAUAGAUGUUCUCCAGCUGAACACAAACUUGGUUGCUUUACAUAUAGAUCAGUAUGGUGGCGAACGGUUUCCCAGUUGGCUAGCUUUCUUAACCAACCUAAAGAAACUUCGGCUCCAGGAAUGGGCUAAUUGCAUCGGUUUGCCACCUUUGGGGAAACUGCCGUCGCUCAAGAUACUCCAUAUUGAAGGUUUUAAGGCUCUUACACAUGUGGGUUCUGAGUUUCUUGGAGUAGAAACUGAACCAAGAAUAGGAGAAGCAUCAACAUCAUCUAUAAUUGCAUUCCCAAAGUUGGAGAAACUCAAGUUCUCACAAAUGGAGAAGUGGGAGAAGUGGAAUAUGAUGAAGGACAUAAAGGCCAUGCCAUGUCUUCAUUACUUGAAACUUUCACACUGCAAAACUUUACAGUCAUUGCCAUUGCAGGUUAUAGGCUUACCAAUCAAGAAACUGCGCAUUCGCAGUUGUGUCAUCUUGAAGCAACGAUACCAAAAAGAGACGGGAAAGGAAAGGGAAACGGUAUCACACAUCCCAAAUGUAAGGAUCCUCUAACGGUCAUUGAUGAUGCUGAUUUGUUCCGAUGUCACGUAAAAUGGGGAGGAGCCCUUUGAUCAACCUUUGACAUGAGCAUAUGUACCAAUAUAGCUGAUUAGAAGUAUGGUAAAAGGUACAUAAAUGUGUGAAUAGUGGUGUAAAGAGUUAAAAGUUCUAUUUCCUGUUACAUAAUGUAUACCGCAUGUUUAUUCAGUUAGCUAUGAUGGUGUCUGUAGUUCCCAAAAACAUGUUUAGACGUGUCAGUCAGUCUAUUUGUACAUAAAUUUAUGGUACCAAUAUGAAUUUUAAUUCUCAUUGUUGCAAGAAAGAAUACAUCUGAACUUCAUGAAAUACAAACAGAUUAAAUAA